UGCCCCUGCUUUAGGAUGGAUGGUGUUGUCAUAGCAACGGCAGUCUGGGAGGGGGGCUCUGACUUUGCAUCGCCGAGCCCCUUCCCCCCUUCGGCUCCCCUUUUCCAAAUCUCCCUGUUCCCAUGGAAACAGAUUCUCCAAAUAUCUGUCCCCACCUGGAGCCGGCCGAGGGAGGGGCCCCCAGCACCACCUCCGCGGUGGCCCUGCCAUCAGAGUUUCCUCCCCACCACAGGCUGUGUCUCUGCCACACCCCCCGCCCAGGGCUCCCCCGCGCCUCUCUGGGGACCACAGAACACGUGUGCCAGCCGCCUCAGCUGUGAGGCCCCAGCCUCCACCCUCGGGGGUCCCAGGAGUCCAGGUCCCAGCUCUUACCUUGACAUUGCAGGCCCUGCUUUCCAAUGCCCCUGGAAGAAUCAAGGAUCUAAGGUCACGCCCCCACGGUGCGCCCUUUCCGCAGUUCUGGCACUCCAAUGGGUCCGAUCUGGCAGGAAGCCGUUCAUAGGCCGUGGGGAACCCUGGCCCGCCAGAGGCUGUCGAGCUCAGUGCACUCUGGGACUUAUAGUUGAGGCCCUCGUACAGGCUAUUCUUGGGAAGCAACAGAGAACUACUUCUCCCGGCGUGCCCUGCGUUGGCGAGGGUGUCUAUAGUACCACGCCUUCUUUGCGGUUUUUGCCUAGCUUGCGGUUGCGUCCAGAUUCCAGAAGGUGCAAGGGAGGUGGAGGAGUUCGAGUCAACUCACAAGCACCCUUCGCUGAACGCAGAGUUCCCUCCCCACCCGGCAAGCCACCUCUAAAUGUCUGUGGUUCUCUGGGGCGACGGGUGGAAGGCACUAGGAGUCCAGCUUCGUCCUCUGCUGCUUUUCCGAAUCAAUACAGCAGAUCACUGGAUGCUACAGCUGUGUUUAGUUUUGUUUCUUCUUUUUUUUUUUUUUGGAGGCGGGGAGAGGGAAAGCGAGACAGAAUUUCUCUGUGUAUAGCCCUGGCUGUCCUGGAAUGCACUCUGUAGACCAGGCUGGCCUCGAACUCAGAGAUCCGCCUGCCUCCCAAGUGCUAGGAUUAAAGGCGUGCGCUACCACCUCCCGGCUCUGUGUUUUGUAUUUUAAAAUAGGGGCUUGCACACCUUUAAUCUCAGAGGCAGAAAGAGCUCUGUGAAUGUGAUGUCAGCCUGAUCUACAUAGCAAGUUCCAGACCAGCCAGAGCUACACAAUGAGACUCUUGUCUGGUAAAUACAUACAUACCUACAUGGGUCUCGUGUAUUUCUGGCUGGCUUCAAACUUGCUAGGUAGUCGAGGAUGACCUUGAACAUCUGAGCUUCCUGCCUUCACCCCCCCCCCCAAAAAAAAAAAAAACUGGGUGUGCGGGCGUGCUUCACCACAGCCUGGGGGCUCGGGUGCUGAGGAUUAAACUGAAGGCCUUGUACCAGCUGAUCGGCACCCACAACCCUCUAGCUGUUCUUUCUAGUGUCUUCCAGAAGGUAUUCUUGAACCAGGUAGGGGAAGGAGUGGGCGUAAUGCCCUUCUGAGAAGAGGGAUUCAUGCAGAUAGGUCUUGGUAAACACUGAAAAACAUAAGACAUUUCUUACCCCAUGAGUAUGUGUCCUAACUGGCCCUUCUCCCAUGUACUUCCUGUUAAGUCUCAAACCUGGGACAAAAGGCUGAUUGACCUGCCUAUUUAACAUAUCAAAGCAGACCUGGCUGCCAGGUCCCUCCUGCAUUCCUUAGUCCCUGCCUGUGACAGAGUCUGGCUAGCACACUCGAUCCCUUCCCUAAACUACUCCAGCUCAGGGGUUGGGCUGCCCUUCUCCCAGUUGCCCUUCCCGAUAUAAUCCAGCUGUUUUGGCUGCAUGGCCCUUCUGUUUACCUUUUACCCUCCUGGCCUCUUGGUCUCCUGGUUCUCCCCUCUCCCCUCCCUGCUCUUCUCACAUGGCCCAGCUCAGGGUCAUAUUCUCUCUGGACUCUCCUAGAUAUCUCUUUGGCUAUGCUCUCCCUUCUGUCUACAAUAAACCUUCACCUCCACCAUACCUAAGAGCAGUCGUGUCCUUCCCUUUUUAUUUUUUGUUUUUCAUUCAUUUCCAAAUUUUGCAAUGUUUUCCAAGUUACAGGAGCAAAAAAAGGUUUCAUAUGAUCCUGGAAUGUUUUUUAAUGACUUAUUUAAUUUUAUGUGCAUUGGUGUCUUGCCUGUGUGAGGGUGUCAAAUGCCUGGAACUGGAGUUAGAAGCAGUUGUGAGCUGCCAUGUGGGUGCUGGGAAUUGAACCUGGGUCCUCUGGAAGAGAAGCCAGUACUCUUAACCGCUGAGCGGUCUCUCCAGCCAGAUCCUGGAAUUUCUAUGGGUGUGUUUUAUGUAUGUGAUAUUCAGGUGAAUUUCAGCAGCGAGGGGCAGGAUCAGAUCUGGAUGGAGUGGGUCCCAACCGGGCAAGGGUACGUUGGACAGAUAGUCAAGGAGAAGGCAGCUAUGAAUGGUACUUAGGAGAUAGACCAGUGUUGCAUGAACUGUCAGGAGACUGUGCUGGGAAACACAGGGAAAUGAGUGCAUUUUGGAGAAAACUGUUGCACUCAAAUUGGAAUGAAUAUAUGAGAUAGGGUUUCCCUGUGUAGCUGUGGCUGUCCUGGAAUCAGCUCUGUAGACCAGGCUGGCCUUGAACUCACUGCCUGCCUCUGCUUCCCAAGUGCCGGGAUUAAAGGCAAGGGCAACCCAUACCCAGCUUGGACGUUGUAUUUUUUUAACUUACUUUUGUGUGUCUGUGUCCGGUUGUGGAGGCCAGAGGGUGUCAGCAGUUUUAACCUCUGAGCUAUCUAUCUCUCUUGGAACUGGAGUUGUGAUCUGCUAGGGUGGGUGCUACGAACUGAACUCCAGCACUUUGAACUGCACCCCCUCUAUCGCCAAGACAUUGUGUUUCUGAAUUGCCAAGGUGAGAUUUUCCUCCCGAAUCUCUGUGUGUGUUGCUAGGGAUAGGACUGCUAGGGCCUCGUACAUGCUAGCAAGCACUCUUCCUCUGCGCGACUUGCUAAACCACGGUGGCUUAUAUCUCUCAAGUACUCAUGGGACUCUCUGGGGGAGAAAUCAUGUUCAUCUCUUUCCUAGCCAACCUUCCUGGUUUCUUCCCUCUUUUUAAAGAUUAUAAAAUGAGCCGGGCGGUGGUGGCACAUGCCUUUAAUCCCAGCA